GAGGAAGUCAGGAGAGAGAGAGAGAGGAAAGAGAAGGAGACAGAGACAUCUAACCUUUCGUUCUCAGCCUUCAUCAUUUGAAGGGUCUGGCGCUGGAAACACCAUUUCUCCAUUUUCCCAACAUCAGAGAAAAGCAGCAGCAGCAGUAGCUGAUUCACAAACACAAAUCCCCUCUUCCUCAGGUCUGACUCCAUGACGAUGUCGCCAUCACCGAACACUCCCGCACCUCCUGCUCAGCUUACCAUUUUCUAUUCUGGAUCCGUCAGUGUUUAUGAUGCAGUUCCCCCUGAAAAGGCCCAGGCAAUUAUGCUUAUUGCAGCAGCAGCAGCAGCAGCUGCUGCUGCUGCUAAUACUAAUAACAUGAAGAAUGCUGUGGUCAGUUCUCCUGCUGCAUCACCAGUUCUCACAAGAUCUCCAUCCCUUCAGAGCACUUCAGCAGCAGCAUCUCCACAGGCUCAAGUUCUUCCCAGUCAAAAUAAUCCACUUACAAAGCUGCAAGCUGAACUUCCGAUUGCAAGGAGGCACUCUCUUCAGCGUUUCUUAGAGAAGCGAAGGGACAGGCUGGUGAGCAAAACGCCGUAUCCUCCGGCAAAGGUGACUGACAACAACGGGAGCGGCACUGGGACUGAGCCUACUUCCCAGAUGGGCUGCUUCUCUGAGACCCCCAAUUCUCAGGAGGAAGUGCUGCCUACUGCCCAUCCACACCUUGCAUGAUGAAGUCCCUAUUUGAAAACUUAACUAAGACAAUUUAUCCAGGCUUAGCUCAUGAUAUGUGUGCGACUUAACAAAUUGCGUACUCUAUGAAAUUAGCUGGAACAUGAGACUUCUAUCUGGAACAUGAGACUUCUAUCAUAAUUAUAUUCCAGUGUGCAUUCAGUUCUUCCA